CCCUGACGCGGACGAUUACAGAGCGACUGAAUGAAUGUGAUGGAGAUCAGCGAGUCCAACUCAACGUGUUGAGGGAAAGUUCUUGAGCUUCAGCUGAAUCUGUGGGAGGAGCUCUGGCGGGAUCCGCAGGGAAAGUUCACACAUGAAGGGAGCGGACGUUUGAAAUAUUAGGCUGUGAAUGCAACCAAGCUGAAUGGUGUUGAAUCUUUGUUUGAACGUUCUCGAAUGAAAAUGAUCCUCUUGAGACCUUUUAAGGACUUCACUUUGAAGAUCUCUGUGAUUCGGGCGAAUGUGACCUUCAGGACUGAGGGCUGAAAUACUUCGUGGGAAACGAGCAGACAGAGGCGUUUUUAAUCCUCACUGUGGAUUGUUUUAAGACGUGAGCCUGGACAGCAAGCAUCUCUUCCCCAUGGAGCAUUCCCCGUCAAUGAACUCAACGGUGGUGGAUGGAGACGAGCUGGAGGACCACAGGCCCCUCCUGCCACCAAGGAUCGUCGCCCCACCUCAAGCCUACUCGCCCCAAUGUGGGAUCCACCACACAGUCCAGACACCGAUCGACCACACCGCAUGGCUGGACAGAACCCAGGCCCUGGCUACCACGCCUUUGUACAACGGCCACCUCUACGUCACUGCGACGCCUCGAUCCAACAGGAGGAGAGACAAAACCAAGGGCAAAGAGAAACGGCCGCAAAAUCCAGGCGUGAAGGAGCGCAAUCACCAGAGCAAAACUAAAACUCUGAGCGCAAACAGACUCCAGGAGACGGUGACGUCCUUCACCGACGUGCCCGUGUCCCCCUGCGGAUCGCCCUUCAAGGGCCACAGCAGGUCCAACCUGGAUCUCAGGGAUGUUGACGGUCGAGGGUACCGCAAGCCAGGCAAUGUUUCUCUGGAGAUGCACGACCGCCAGAGCCUCCCAGAGAUCAUCAUCACCAGCAAGGACGACAACCCCCAACAACAGCAGCACAAACACAAGGCGCUGCAGUAUCACCAGCACCCGGGGGAGGCCAAGGGGCCGCUGCCAGGGGCCAGGCGCUUCACCAGGAGCCCCAGUCCUCAGUGUAGCCCCAAACGCAAGGAAGACGCCAAGGACUCGUACUCGCGGACGCACAACAUCGGCUGGCGGCUGGUCCGCAGGAGGGCCCUGUUCCUGAGGAGGCAGCGGCUGAAUGACUGUGCCCUGGCAGUGGGGCUGUUCGGGGUAUUCAUGAUGGUGAUGGAGACGGAGCUUUCCUGGAGCAUCUACAGCAAGAGCUCCAUCUACUCGCUGUGUUUCAAGUCAGUCAUCAGUUUUUCUACGCUCAUCCUGUUCGGCCUCAUCGUGGCGUACCACUGCUGUGAGGUGCAGCUCUACGUUCAUGACAUUGGUGCAGAGGACUGGAGGAUAGCCAUGACCACCGACCGCUUCGCCCUGAUCGUCUUGGAGCUCUUCAUAGUGGCCAUCCAUCCUUAUCCGGUGGGAAUGCUGGCAUACUUCCAGAAGACCAAAGUCCGCACAACCCUGUCUGAGACCGAGCUGGAGAUCAUGCUGGCUCUGCCCAUGUUUCUGAGACUGUACCUGCUGGGUCGGGCCAUGAUGCUGCACAGCCGCCUCUUCACGGACACGGCCUCCCGAAGCAUCGGAGCGCUGAACAAGAUCCACUUCAACACCCGCUUCGUGGGGAAAACGUUGAUGACGACCUAUCCUGGCACGGUCCUGAUGAUUUUCAGUGUUUCUCUGUGGAUCGUGGCGGCGUGGGGCCUGCAUGUGUGCGAGAGGCACCACAAUUACAGAGACCUCAGCAGCAACUACAUGGAGGCCCUGUGGAUGGUCUCCGUCACCUUCCUGUCCAUCGGUUACGGAGACGUGGUCCCUCACACCUACUGCGGCCGCAGCAUCUGCCUCCUCACUGGGAUCAUGGGGGCGGGAUGCACGGUCCUGGUGGUGGCGGUGGUGGCCAGGAAGCUGGAGUUGACCCGAGCUGAGAAGCACGUCCACAACUUCAUGAUGGACUCUCACAUCUCCAAGAGGAUAAAAAUUGCAGCAGCAAAUGUGCUGAGAGAGACUUGGCUCAUCUACAAGCACACUAAGCUGUCAAGAGAAAGAGACCACACCAGAGUCCGCAUGCACCAGAGGAAGCUGCUGCUGGCCAUCCACCAGUUACGCAGAGUGAAGAUGGAGAAGCGGAUCCUUGCGGAUCAGGGGAACACGCUCGUUGACCUCUGCAAGGUGAGAGAGAUGCAGAGCCUGAUGUACGACAUGCUGGCGGAGGUGCAGGGCUGCAGGGGGGAGCUGAACUCGCACAUCAGCAGCCUGGUGAAGAACGUGGAGGAGCUGAGGGAGGGCUUCAGGUGCCUGAUGCCGCUGCUGUCCAGCACGCUGUCCACGCAGAACUCCUCCAUCCGCCACCUGCUGAGGGAGAGGGAGGAGCAGAGCGAGUGUGUGAGCGGAGCAGAGGGGUAGAGGGCGCAGUGGGGAGGAGAAGAACUCGGUUUCAGGAGGUUUCUAUUGAAAAUUGAGCUAUGGCGGCCAUGUUGGGGCAGAUUUCCUGACUCAGGUGUUGGACAGGUUUGUAUUGAUGUACAUACAACUCUAUGUAAAACAUUAUAUGUAGCAGAAAUACAGACAUAUGUAGAAAUUUGUCCCAGCUCACUUCUUCUGAAGGCAUUUCUCCUGGACUGACACAAAACGUUUCACUGAUUUUAAACUAGAUUUGCAAACAAACGCGUCUGACGCUUCAAGUUCGACGCGUGUGCACUUUGGUGCGUUCACACCAAACGCGUUUUGAGCAUCAGGCGCAUCUGGUUUACAUUCAAAAUCGAUGUGGAGCAUCGGACGCUUCGGAUGCAUUCAGGUCGAAUGAAUGUAUUUGAAUCAGAUAAGUAGCGGACGCCCAAGUUCACAUUCGAAAUGAAUCCGACUCGUGUUGUUCAGACUGUCAUGAAAAGAUCAGAUGCAGUUCGGAUUACGUCAAAAAUAAAUAAAUAAAUGUGGAAUUGGGUCACUUCAGGCUGCAGUGUGAACGCAGCCAAAGUUGAACGUAAACCAGAUACGCCUGACGCUCAAAACGUAUUUGGUGUGAACGCAACGUUACAGAUUUAAAGUUGAUCCUAAUCAAGUCAAAUUUUACAGUUGACCUGAUGCAAUGUAAUUGACACCUUAUGGAUUAUUUUCUUCAGGUUAUUUAAUUGUUCUUAAGCAUCUGCUUUGUUUUGUUUUCUUUUAAGGAACUGUUAUUCUGUAAAAACUGCAUUUUUCUGACCGUGAAAUAAACACUUCAUACAUUUUAA